GUCUUGCAUCUGAAGUUCUGUUUUUUAAGAAAUAAAUAUAUUAAAACAGAAACUGUUUGACAAUGAGAAGUGUGUGCAAAAUUGACGCCAGUUGUUACCAUAAUGACAUUGCUGUUUUCGAUUUAUUAAAAUCUCUCAACUGAAGAGGGGAACGUAACAGGAUUAGAUAUUAUGCUUCUAACGCACACUUCCGUCCAAUAUGAGCUGAGUUUCCAUGAAUAAACCCCCUUUUUUUUUCACAAAUUAUCUACUCGAAGUAUUUACUUCUUCCUCAUCAGAUAUCGAAAGUUGACGGUGUUCUGCUCAACAUUCGUUUUCCAAAAGGCAAGUCUCCUUUGCCUUCUGAUUGACGGCUCAAGUGGCCAAUGAAUGAAAGCGAGGUGGAAACGACUGUCUGCGUCCAUGUGCAGCGAGGAUGCCGAUGGGGAUUCAGUAAUAACGAAGCGUAGCGAUCGGAGUCGGCCCAGUAGCUACACUCCGCCCUCUACUUCGGCUUCAAAGAGAGUAAACAGACGAAACAAACACGUGGACUAUUUAGAUUUCUGCCAGUUGAGCAUGGAGGCUCAGAGCUAUGGCGAAGUUAACCAGCUAGGCGGCGUAUUCGUCAACGGAAGGCCUUUACCCAAUGCAAUAAGGCUUCGCAUUGUGGAGUUAGCUCAACUCGGAGUACGCCCUUGCGAUAUAUCCCGGCAAUUGAGAGUAUCCCACGGCUGUGUAUCGAAAAUUUUAGCUAGAUAUCAUGAAACAGGUUCUAUACUACCUGGAGCCAUUGGAGGCAGUAAACCGCGUGUCACAACUCCAAAAGUGGUUUCGUACAUUAGAGAACUAAAGCAGAAAGACCCGGGCAUUUUUGCCUGGGAAAUACGAGACAAAUUGUUAAUGGAUGGUAUUUGUGACAAAUACAACGUGCCAAGUGUCAGCAGCAUUAGUAGGAUCUUAAGACAUAAAAUCGCUGUGAAUACGACAUAUGGAGGCUUGGACAAAGAUACCGCUCGCCAUCUCUAUGGAGCUAUCUACCCGUACCAGUGCAAUGGCAGUCAAUCACAGCAGCAGCCAUCUCCAGCACACACGUCCCCUGUCCCACUCACGAUAACAACCAAAGUAAACGUAACUUCGCCACCUGUACUUACGCCAAGGUCUUGGCCCUCCGCCCAUUCAGUCUCAGAUUUACUGGGCCACUCUAUGGGUUUCCAACCUGCAACACCCAUGGCAGUGACGGCAGGAAGCCAGUUUUCUCAGUUUCCAACACCCGAUGCAGCAGCAGCAGCUGCUGUUGCGGCACAAAACUAUAAUUAUUAUAUGUACCAUCUGCAUGGUCACCAUCAUCAUCAGGCUACCGCAGUUCCCAGUUUUGUUUCCAGUGUUCCUCAACCGCCUCAGAAUCUAUCGUUGACGUCAGCUACAGGCACCCUUUGACAAAAAUAUGUUUAAAAGCUGUAUAAUAAUCCAAAUGCAUAAUCAGUAAUAUGUCUAGUAUGCAUUAUUUCUUUGCUGUAAGUAUUAGCCUUAAGUAUGCAUGCUUUUUUAAAUUUUUAAAUUUUAGUUUGUAUAGUUUUAAUAAGUAGACAUUUUCAAUAAAUAUGCUUUAAUUUAAAGUCAAAAGAAUUAUUAUGUUGCGAUACAUACUGAAUAGUUUGUAAAAGCUAGAAUAUGUAAUGCGAGUCAUGGUACAUUUCUUUCCUGUCAAAAUGAAAGCAGUGUGAAAAGCAUACACUGUGUGCAAUAAUCACUUUUAAUGAAUAAAUAAAUCCUAUUAUUUUAAUUGAGGGUCCAUUUUCAGUAAAAAAAGUAAAUAAAUGUAAAAAACGCCUAGGUAUAUAUAUAUAUAUAUAUAUAUAUAUAUAUAUAUAUAUAUAUAUUAGAGAAUAUAUUUAAUGCUAUUAUCAGCAAAGCUAUAAUUAAAAUUUUUUGCUAUGAUUAGCUAAGUUAUAAUUUCAAUAUUUGUCAGAUCAGAUUCCAAUCCAAGUCAAUAUUUAUGCUUACAGUGUAUUCAGUUUGUAAAUAAUAAUAAACUUUAGACAGAAUGCGAAGGAAUUCUUUUUAAAUCUUGGAUUUAUACGCUUGCUGAAUUAGAAUUGUAGCUUGUUACAGAAAUAAAAUUAUCCAUAAAUUUAACAUUUAUCUUUCUUAUAAUAUAACCUUUUAAAAUGUUAAUUUUCAGCAAUUAUUUAACCUUACAUGCAAAUAUAAUUUAAUCUUAAACCAAACAAAUCUGAAAAUCGACUUUAGGAAACAAUUUUACUAGUAUAGAUUUGUAUUUUUGUUCAGCUGCUCAAAUGCUUAAUUAGGUUAAAAAUUUAAUUUUUUUGUUCGGUAAUAUAUUUGACUUUGUAAAAUAAUUUAUUUAAAAAUAUUUAUUCACAAAAAUCUAAGUCAAUUUUAUUAUAUGGUUUCAGUAAACAUGUGCUCUUAUUCAACGAUUUACUCUGCAUAAUAUCCAAAUUACCGAAAUUAAUAUGAUGAAUGUAAGAGUAAGGAAAAUAAGAUCGUAAUAUUUAGAAGAAACCUAUGAUUAUAAAGAAACAUAAAUACCAUAAAGAAACCCUUUAGAUAUAGAGAUAAAAUAUCUAAAAUUCACAAAAAUGAAUAAAAUUUAAAUAAGUCAUUUCAUAGAAGAAUAGUGAAAAUAAUAUGUCUUAUAUUAUGUCUUAUAUAUCGUCCUACGUGUGUAUAUAUACCAUAUAUAUAUGGAACGUGGAAUGCAGCUACUAUGACUUAUUCCUAUUUAAAAAUGAUGAAUUAGGCUUUAACUUUACUAAUUGGAAAGCCUCAAAGCGCAGAUAACGGCUGCUCUAAUUGGUCUCUGAUUACCAGAGCCCACUAAUGAUGCCCGUAUCAAUGGUUUCUAUUCUUUUGCUAUAUCUUUAAUCCGUUAAGUUUUCAAUUUCUUUUCGUAGAUCUAAUCAGUACCCGAGGAAAGAAAGUCUCUUUCAGAAGGAUUCUGUAAUUAAUUUAUGAUAGCUUAAGACUAACUGUAUUUUUCUUUGAGCAGCAAUAUUCAGAAAUUUAUUGUAAAAAAUCAUAUGAAAAUUUUAAAUUUUAACUCACUUAAACAGUGUAUUUAAGUGGCUUAUGAAUGGCGUAAAACGAAUGGAAAUUUUUCUAAAAUAGAAUAAAUUACUAAUCCAGUUUUUCUAAAAAUCUUAGGUAUAUGUUUGUUUAUCUAGGUAUAUGUCACGGGCACAAUUGAAGGAUUUUCUUUCGUUAAAAUAUAUUUAUUAUGUUAUUAUUAAAAGUCACUUAUAUGACUAAGAAACCGCCUUCACGAAAAAAUUAAAACAUGUAAAUAUUAUGAAUUAUUCUAUUUUUUGUUUUUAAGUUUUGAUUUAAGUUUCAAAUGUUUCAGAAUUUUUUUCAAAAUGAUUUCAAGAUUCAUAUGAACUUCUGAGCCUGAAGCAGUCGCUCCAGUUUAAUAAAUGCAUAAUAUAAGAUAGAACUUUCACUCUAUGACAGGUGUUAUGGCAAGAUCAUAAAAUUUGGAUCUUUAUACAUAUAUACCGGCAAAGAAAGUUCUAAUUAGAAAAUCACUGCUUAUUUUUCUAAAAAAUCUGUUCUGCAUCAACAUUCAUAUAUUUAUGUUAAAAGUUAUCAUGUAAUUAAAACUGUCUUCGUCUGAAAGGCCUAUCUCAGUUGAUUUAUUUCUUAAAGCGGAGCUAUGGAUAUACAAUCAAGCAUUCAAGAUGUGUCUAGUCAUAUGAUCUUACUAAAGCACUUUCUGUUGUAUAAUGUUAUAAAAAUAAUUAAAAUUUCAUGACAGACUAACGGAUUUGUUAAAUUUGAAUGCAUUUUAUUUGUCAAUCGUAUUUUAUAUACUGUAUGAGUGUUUUGUAAAUUUCAUGAGUUUUUAUAAUUGUCAUUAGUAUUUUGUGUAAACUUUCCAAAGCUAGAUGGUCAUAUUUAUCCUUUUUCUUGAAAUACUUUCUUACUGUACUAUUAUGUGAAUAUUUGGUAGACGUACUUUGUAAAAUAGUAGAACUAUUGUUUGUACAUACAUGGAAAAAUAUGGCUUCUGAAUAUUAAACUCACUUCUCAUCUUCUUGCACAGAAAUGAUUUUUAAAAUUUUAUGCUGUUUAUAAAUUUACAAUUUUUUCUAUACUAAAGUUUGUAGUUUUGAUAGCUUAAAAAAUUGAACAAAUCAUAAAAGUAAUAAUCUUAUGGGUUACUCUUUUUCUAAAUCAAAUUUUAAUCUAAUCAUAUCUUAAUUUAAUCAUAUCUUAAUUUAAUCAUAUCUUAAUUUAAUCAUAUCUUAAUCUGAUCAUAUCUUCAUAUUAUUUCAAUCUAAUCAUAUUUUAAAACAAAAGUAUUAGUUUUUAAAAGGAAUCUCCAAUAAUACUGAAAGCAAUUUAAAUGCUUCAGAAAUUUCAUUUACUAAUAUUUACGUAUAAAACUUCGUGUCGGUUUUGAGAAAGUUAAUAGUACUUAAUAUUUUAACUCAAAGCCCUUGUAAUUAUUCAUCCAAUGGAUUUAUGAAGCCAAAAUAUAUAUCAGUGUAUAUAUUAGUGCAAGGAGGAAAAAGAAUAAAGAAUGUAGCAUAAUAAUAAUGCAACUAUGGAAUUAUUCUAAAUAUUUUUCAUACUUUUAAUACUUUUUAUUAUAAUACUUUCAUUUUAAUACUUUUUAUUAUAAAUAACUGUUUAUUUAGCAUUAAAAUGAAAGAAUAUUUAUUAGAUUAUUUUAAAUUAAAAAAAAAUAGAAUGUAGCAUAAUAAUAAAGCAGUUAAGGAAUUAUUCUAAAUAUUUUUCACUGCAAAUUGUUUAAUAAUUUUGAUUAUAAAUAAUUGUUUAUAUUAGCUUUAAAUUGAAAGAAUAUUUAUUAUAUUACGUCAAGUUUUAUAUUUUUAUGUUUACAGCUUUAGUUUCUUUGUAUCAAAGCGAUCAGCGCAUUUGGCUAAAAAAAAAGAAUUGUUGCAUCAGAUCUGUACAUUCUAUGCUUGUUAUUGUACCCAAUACAACGAAGCUUUACAUUCAUUACGAUAAAAAUCAAAAUGAAUAUGCGGAUGUAAUUCUAAUUGUGUAGAAUACAGAGCAUUUAUUUAUUUUAUGCACUAUAUUCGUAUAAAUAAAAUUAA